UCGGGGUCGGGGUGUAACCCCUCACCUCACAGAGAUGACGUGUCUCAUCAACCGCCGACAUCUCUAGCGCCAACGACAGUCUUGUCGAUAGGGUCUGCAAGUACGUUGAAAGGCUUUAAAGACAUGGCAGACGCCGGCCGUUUGAUGGCAAUUCCAUACCAGAGUACCUCUAUUCGUCGCUCGCGUCUCGCUCCUAGUCACACUCACGGCCGGCCCUGUUGGAAACGUACUGCAUCAUGGCAGACCCAGUUAGCAUAGCGACCGGUGUUCUGACAGUUGGGAGCUUUGCUCUCAAGUCCAGUAUAGCACUUCACGGGAUCAUCCGUGGCCUGCGCAGCCAGAACAGGGACGCCCGAGCGCUCAAGGCAGAGGUGAGCGAUUUGACGGAGGUCUUAAGCUCACUCCUGGAGACUAUCGCCAACAACCCAAGCCUCGACUUCCAAUCCCUCGAGCGGCCACUUCAACGCUGCGGCAAUGCGUGCGAAGAGUACGGCAAGAUCAUAUCCCAAUGCAUGAAGCAUUCCAGCAACACGUCGCGUUCGAGCAUGCGUGACUGGAUAACGCAAAAAUAUCUUCAGGGAGAUAUCAACGACUUCAGGGCUAUGUUAGCUGCACAUAAGUCCACUAUCAACAUUGCUCUGGCAAACGCAAACCUACGCAUCGCCGUUAUAUCGCCCGAGGUCCUUGAGAAUUAUAGGGACAUGAUUUCCGACACCACAAGCGACCUAAGCGCUCAUUUGGAAGACCUGCAGGAGAAAAUCGACCGCCUAAAGGACGGAGAUCCCGCGGCCAUCGAUGAUGUUGCAAAGGAGUGGCAUGCGAUGCUGGAAGAAAAGGAAAGCACCCAACAAGGUCUCGAUAUGUGUGAUCAGUUGUCUGCUCAGAUCACGCGAUUUGAAUCGGCAUCAACGGAGCGUCUUCACUUUUCGGGGCGUCCAUCGGCACACAAACACAUCAAAACUGGUCUAAGCGAAGCUGGACGAUCAAUACAGUCUCUCGUAGCUCGUCUACAGACUCAUGAAGCUCUUCUCGACAGUCAACUAGAGGCGAUGUCUCUGAAAGAGGCGCUGUCUGAACCUGUCGCCGCACAGCUGGCACGACUCCAGCAGACAAAGGAGAGCAUUAGCCAAUGCAUACGAAUCGUGUCUGACGCUGGUGAACUGGCCAAAGAGCGGAGCAACAUCUUCGAAGACCUCACACUGGCAGAUAACAGCUACGCAUUUUCAGUCUCAACAGUCAGUGAUCUAGUUACGGCCAGGCGGCUCAAUCUCAGUGGACGCUCACGACACGUUGGCGGGCAGGUAACAGAUGAGACCGUGCAGAAGAGUAUGGAGGCUCUCACACGACUGGAUGCAGAGUACAUCAGGUCCUUGAAAGACGCGCAGCCUCGGCGCCAGGCCUCACCAAUUUCAACUUCGGCCUCCCCAAAAGACUCAAAUAAUACCAAGCAAUUCCAUGACCGUUUUGGUCCUGGGGUUACGCUCAAUCACGGCUAAGAAGAUGUAUGUAAGAAAACCUGCGAUUUCUGUUGCAAAUUGGGUCCCGGGCAUAUAUGGGUUAGGUAGUAAUAGUAGAUCUCGUUUUCAUUUCUGUACCAUUAUCUCGUAUCUGUACGAGUUUUUUGAGGUUGCACAGGAGAAAGCAUUGUUUCCGGAUGGUGUCGUCCCCAAUUCCCGAUUCGACCAUGGUAUCAGUGGGUGUUACGAAGAUGGGAUUGGACGACUACAACGCGGGUGCCCCCUUAUGUAACGUUCUGGCAUCAACGACAGGGAGGGAGGAUCUUAGAAU